GGAAGCAUGGCGGAGAACACGAGAGUCUGUGUUUCAGGAUAUGUGCUGGGAUCUUUAAUUUUCCAUCACUUCAACAACGACUCCGACGUGGAAGGAUUCAUUCUUGGUGAAAUCAAGGCUGAGGAAAAGAACGACAUCACAGAUUCCCAGAUGGAACAUGUUCAGUUUGAGCACACCAUAGACAUUGCAAAACAUGUGACCUGUUACAAGCUAAAUAGCUUCUAUGGUUAUCUUGGAGAGUUAAAAGAGGAGGAGAUAAAGAAAAUACUAUCCAGACACAAAAAGGACAAUGUGGUCGGCUGGUACCGGCAGAGGAGAAACACAGAUCACAGAAUGACCUUCCGAGACCAAAUCAUCCAUCGCAAUUUGCAGAGAGCAUUCUCCAACUACGAGCUGGUCUUCUUACUGUUGACCACUAGUGAAAUGUCAUCAAGGGGCUCCACAUACCGUCUGGAAUACUCCAUAUUCAAGGCCCAUGGCAGUCAGUUUCACAAAAUCCCAGUGCUGGUGACCAACCUUGGAAUGCUACUCCAGCAGGACUACUGCAGGACCUCUGUGUCCUGUUCUUCUGCCGGUUAUAAAAGAGCAAUAAAUAAACACAGGUCGAGGUUCUUUGCUUCAGAUGGCUCGCUGAAGGAGGUCAAUGACGUGAAUGAAAUGAAUUCUUCGCUUCAAGAGGAGCUGAAGCAAACUUGUGCAAGAGUGGAAGAGAGCGAGCGCGCGAUGGAGAAGCUUCUGACGGAGGUCGCCCAGCUCAGAAAGGCUGUAGCUGAGAGGAGAAGGGUACAAUCCAAAUCUGAAGAGCAGGAUCUCUCUGUCAGGAGUCCUCAGGAGGAGAAUGUGUACCUUUGCCGGGCUUUGAAGGCAUCGUUCCCAGACUCCGAAAUGAAAUGGACACCAGCCCUCACACUCAAGGGCAUCCCCAUACUUGCUUACUGCUGUCGCACGGACCGCGAAAUGGGUAUUUCCGCAAAGCUCCCGGUUCUCCUGGGAGAUGGAGACACCGUAGCAAAAACGAAAGGACAGAGUAAGAAAGUCAGAGCCAGUUCCCCAGGUCAGACCCCGCCUCCCAGGAAACGCCCUUUUGCAGAGCUCUCCAGGGUAACCCGCUCUAUGAAAGGCAGCUGUCAGGAGAGACAUCGUUAUGCCGUACUGACACUCAGCGAACCAGAUACGGAAGACGAUGGGCUGGAUUCUCAGAAUGGAGAUACUGAAUACUCCCGCUCCCCAACCUUCUAAAGAUUCCUUGCUGGCAAGAUUCAUAAUUGUAGUGAGAGAGACCACUUUUAUGAGACCCAAAAGAGAAAUCUCACCUGGAAAGGGUGAUAGGCAUCAUUUUAACUUUGAGUGAUUUGCGUUGUUAUUUGAUAUUAAAAGAAGAAUCUUUUUAAAAUUUCA